UUGCAAACAGUUGCAGCGCUUCAACCCUAAUCCUCUCCCAACUCUAGGGGACCCCGGCAGGCACCCGAGGAUCACCAACAGGGGGUCGCCGGGAUAGCGUCCGGAUAGCGGGCCACCAGCGGGCCACCACCAGCGGCAGCGGGCCAAUUCCACUGCUUCUCUCUGCCAAUUUGCUCCGCCAUUCCGCAUCAAAUCGUACCAGCCCAGUCCCAAAUGCGACGCCCGCUUUCCUCACGAUGCGGACCCCGACUCGACUCGACUCGACUCGACGCGCGGCGCAUUGCCAAUGCCUUUCCCUUAAAGGUAGUCUUGCUGCCGUCCGGCACUGGAACCUUCUUCCAGGAUGGCUCAAGCUUCAGCUCAGAUCGGCACUCCGUUAUUGACCACCCGGCAGGCUGAGGAGCUGCACAAGUCCAUCCUAGCUUACCUCUCCUCCAAGAACCUCGCGAGUACAGCGGCUACUUUGAGAGAUGAACUCGACCUUGCUGAAGAGUCCUUUGACACGGAAAAGGCAAAGAAAUAUGAAGGUCUCCUAGAAAAGAAGUGGACGAGUGUUGUUCGGUUACAGAAGAAGAUCCUCGACCUCGAAUCCCGCAACACACUCCUCCAAUCCGAAAUCGACAACGCUACCCCCUCCUCCCUCUCGCGCCGCACCCAAGACCCAACCAACUGGCUCCCCAAAUCCCCCCCGCGCUACGUCCUCGAGUCUCACCGCCUCCCCGUGACCUGCGUCGCCUUCCACCCGGUCUUCACCUCCUUGGCCUCGGGCUCCGAAGACUACACCAUCAAGAUCUGGGACUGGGAGCUCGGCGAGCUAGAGCGGACCAUCAAGGGCCACACCAAAGCCGUGUUGGACGUCGACUUCGGCGGGCCCCGCGGCGGUACGUUGCUGGCGAGUUGCAGCUCCGACCUGACCAUCAAGCUGUGGGAUCCGAGCGACGAGUACAAGAACAUCCGCACGCUGCCGGGGCAUGAUCACAUGGUUAGUUCCGUCCGGUUCAUCCCCAGCGGGGCGGCCGGCGCGCCGGCCAGUGGACACCUGCUGGUUAGUGCGAGCAAGGAUAACAGUCUGAAGAUAUGGGAUGUCACGACGGGGUAUUGCGUCAAGACCAUCCUGGGCCAUGUGGACUGGCCGAGGGCCGUUUGUCCGAGCCAUGAUGGGCGGUAUUUGCUAUCGACGGGCAGCGAUAAGUCUGUCCGCUUGUGGGACCUAGCGGGCGGGAGGGAUGCGGAGUGCAGGUUGGUUAUGUUUGGGCAUGAGAACCAUAAUCUCUGUUGCGCGUUUGCGCCGCCGACGGCGUAUACGCACUUGGCUAAGCUCGCGGGACUGGAGAGGCCGCCGCCGCCGAGCUCGAGCGCCGAGUUUAUGGCUACGGGGUCGAGGGAUAAGCAGAUUCGGUUGUGGGAUGGGAGGGGGAAUUGUAUCAAGGUGUUGGUGGGUCAUGAUAACUGGGUGCGAGGGCUGGUGUUCCACCCGGGCGGGAAGUACCUGCUUUCGGUGGCGGAUGAUAGGACGAUGAGAUGCUGGGAUUUGAGCCAGGAGGGCAAGUGCGUGCAGACGCUGACGGGGGUGUAUGAAGGGUUUGUGAGCUGCAUUAGGUGGGCGCCGCCUGUGGUGAAGGAUGCGGAUGCCAAAGAAGGAGGUCCGCUGGCGGAUACGGUGGUGGCGGCGAGGAGGAGAGCUGCCACGGUGGGAAUUGUGAAUGCGACUGUUCAGAUUAGGUGUGUGGUUGCUACGGGUAGUGUGGAUGGGGCGGAGGGUAAGGUUAGGAUAUUUGCGAACUAGGGGGCUGGUGUUGGUUUCUUGGAUAUAUAGAUCCUUAAUUUAGGAUGGGAUUUGAGGCUAUUCAGGAGCAUUGGGAGGAGAGAUUGCUUGCAUCGGUCUACGGGUUUAUGAUGAUGAUUGACACGAAAGUUUAUGGGUUCACGAU